AUAUGCAAGAUCCUAAACACACACUUACAGAAACAUGAAAUAUCACAUCAUUCUACCUUGACAGUUAUGUACAGGAAAAGUGUGCGUUUCUGACUUUAAUUACUUUAAUUCAAUCUUUCAUGAAUCACAUACCCGUUCUCUUUCCCGCCCAGUGUGUUACUUUACACUUCCCAGAAGGUGGCGCCAGAUGGAUAGAUUAAUAUGUCGACCGGUAUCCAGAUGUGACACAUGAGAGAUCAGGAUGCUGACAAUAAAAGCAAGCAGUCGGUACUAUCGUUGAGAAUGGCUGUAGGAAACAGAAGGUACAUCUCCCCAUACAAUCUCGAACUUGUCUCUGCCAGUGAUCAGGGUGGGUCUGCUAUUAACUGAUAUCAGCUACUUGACGAUGUCAACAUGGUGAAUUCCACCUGUUUUUUUUGUUUUUUGGUUUAGUUUUUUAAAACAUAGGCUUCUUUGGCUGUUUCACACAAGUAACUGUUCAUUCAGUCACCCGUAGUCGCCAAAACAAGAACCCUCUCACAUGUUAUCACAGCAACCUAUGGCCCUUAAUGUUCUUCGAUUCUGUAUCAUCUCAUGCGUCAAAGCGCACGUCACAAGUUGGAGUGGGUGGGCUUCACGGGCAAGAGUGCCAAUGAGAUACACCGUGUCUGUGUGUGGACAUCUGACAGACGAGGAGUGACUGAGUCACCCUCAGGUAAAGGUAUUCCGGCAGUGCUAGCGCAAGAGCAUCCUUUUAAGCUCGUUGUCUCGUAGGCUAUCUCUCUGGUCUGUGAGUCGCCACAAGGUCAGAACUCUGGCGGGCAGGCGCAUGACGACCAGUCGGAGAAUCCCCUGUACAACCCGAACAAAUCAUGUCUGAGUCCUCCGGUUUCCAAGUCGUGAGGCGGAUGGGUUUUCGCUGACGACAAGGAUCAAUAGCACGCGCUUAUCCAGUGCUCCGCCAGCGCGCAGCAGCCCCCCCCCCCCCCCUUCCAUCCUUCUUCCUCCCUCAGCACGCACUUCUCUCGCGCAGAGCAACCAAGGCAGUUCUCGAGGAAGGACCAUCUGACCGUUCCUCAGCGGACAGGAGCGAAGCGCGCGCUGGGGCAAGGAUUACGGCACUCUUUUCGAGCUGUAUUCCCGGGCACUACUCUAUCAGUAAACGGGUAAACAGCAGAAGGGAGUUAAAAUAGAGUGUGUAAAUCCAUGCUGUUGUGAAGUGGUGCCUGUAAGGAGUGAAAGUGUUUUAACUCUGUGUCCUGGAGGGAAAAAAGACAGUGGCUUCUGCACUCCCCUCCUUGCGCAGGGUCAGGCAAAGCUCUCGCAGACUACACCACAGCCCGGUGAAGGGUCCGUGAUGGAAGUCUUGUGGGGGCGUUUCGGCGUGGCACAGUGGGUGUUCUGGGGGGUCCUGUCGACGUUCGGGAGGCCCGGUACGGCGUGCCCCGCGUCUUGCACUUGCACGAGCACACGGAUCUCCUGCGUUGACCAGGAUAAUUGGGUAGCAGCUUUCCCCCAUCUCCAAACCGAAGCUGACACGGAGAACAUCACUGACAUAUACAUCGCCAAUCAAAGUAACUUAUCGGCCAUCAAUGACAAAGACCUGCUCCUAUACCACAACCUCAGAAACCUGACCGUGAUCAGCAGCAGACUGAUGAAUGUGUCCAGUCUGGCUUUCCAGAACAACCUGAAGCUACAGCAUUUGAACUUCAAAGACAACAACCUAUCCACGAUGUCCUGGAGGACACUGCGGAAUCUCAAUCUCUCUAGCCUUAUGCUGGCUGGUAACCCCCUGCAGUGUUCGUGUGAAAACCUGUGGAUGGGAGAAGAGCCUGAUCUGUACUGUGUGGGAGAUGAUGGACGGAGGAGAACCCUCAAUGCAAACACUGUCCCCGACUGUGUCGCGCCCACAGUGGUGCUGAGCCCGACGAACGUGACGGUGGAGGAGGGAUCAAACAUCACCUUCGUCUGCACCGCCUCAGGGUCACCCCACCCAGACAUCAUCUGGACCUUAGGCCCGGAGAUCACUGACUACAAGAAGAACACCACGGGGCAGGUUUCUGUGCUGCGCCUCUUUAACGUGACGUCACUCCACUACGGCAGCAAAGUCAGCUGCAGCGCGGAGAACACAGCUGGACAGCACGAGGCCUAUCUGCAACUGGACGUCCUCUUCCCUCCUAAGGUCAAGCUGAUGGACGUGAUCCUGGACCACCACUGGUGCAUCCCCUUCAGCGUGGCCGGGAACCCCCAGCCCCAGUUGCAGUGGUUCUUCGACGGCCGCUCGGUGAACGAGACGCCCUACAUCGCCACGUUCAUCCACGACUUCUCGGAGAGCCAGUACCACGGCUGCCUGCGCCUGGACACGCCCACGCACUACAACAACGGCGAGUACACGCUGCUGGCCGUCAACCCCUACGGCUCCGACCAGAAGGCCAUCGCCGCUCACUUCAUGAAGCACCCGUUUAAUGGUACACUGGCUGAUCCAUCAUACUAUGAGGUUGAUACAGAACCACCGCCAGAAGAGUCAACGGUUGAUCCACACGAGGACCGAGUUGUGUAUGUGAUCGUGGGAAUUGCCGUGGUGACGUUUGUACUGAUUGUGUUGAUGCUUGUCAUCCUGAAGUUCGGACGGAACUCAAAGUUUGGAAUCAAAGGUUCCUCCUCAGUGAUCAGUAAUGAUGAUGACUCUGCCAGUCCUCUUCAUCACGUGUCAGGAGGCUCGACCACGCCCUCCUCUGACAUGGGUAAUGAGCCUGUGGUCAUCGGUCUGACCAAGAUCCCCGUCAUCGAGAACCCCCAGUACUUCAGCUCCAGCAACAUGCUCAAGUCAGACACCUUUGUGCAGCACAUCAAGAGGCAGAGUAUAGUGCUGAAGAGAGAGCUGGGGGAGGGGGCCUUUGGGAAGGUCUUCCUUGCUGAGUGCUUCAACCUCAGCCCAGACGAGGACAAGACACUGGUAGCUGUGAAGACACUGAAAGAGGCCAGUGAGAAUGCUCGGAAGGAUUUCCAGCGAGAGGCGGAGCUUCUGACCAACCUGAAGCACAUGCACAUCGUCACCUUCUACGGAGUGUGUGUGGACAGUGACCCCAUCAUCAUGGUGUUCGAGUACAUGAAGCAUGGAGACCUCAACAAGUUCCUCAGGGCACAUGGUCCUGAUGCGUUGCUUACGGGGGACAACCAGCAGCCGCCCCCGGAGAAGGUGCCGCAGCUCACCCAAGCCCAGAUGGUGCACAUCGCCCAGCAGAUCGCCGCCGGCAUGGUGUACCUGGGCUCCCAGCACUUUGUGCACCGAGACCUGGCCACACGCAACUGCCUGGUGGGGGAGAACCUCCUGGUCAAGAUCGGUGACUUCGGCAUGUCCAGAGAUGUUUACAGCACUGACUACUACCGCGUCGGUGGACACACCAUGUUGCCGAUUCGCUGGAUGCCGCCGGAGAGCAUCAUGUACCGGAAGUUCACGACGGAGAGUGACGUGUGGAGUCUGGGGGUCGUGCUGUGGGAGAUCUUCACCUACGGCAAGCAGCCCUGGUACCAGCUGUCUAACAACGAGGUGAUCGAGUGCAUCACCCAGGGCCGGGUGCUCCAGAGACCACGCCACUGCGCCCAGGAGGUGUUUGAGCUGAUGCUGGGCUGCUGGCACCGAGAGCCUCACAUGCGCCUCAACAUACGACAGAUCAACAGUCAGCUGCUCACCCUCGCCAAGGCCUCUCCUGUGUACCUGGACAUCCUGGGCUAGGAGUGUGUGUGUGUGUGUGUGUGUGUGUGUUUGUGUGUGUGUGUG